CAGGCUUCGGUCACCUCACCAGUAGCUCAACAUGUCUGACGACGAAGAGUACAGCUCGGAGGAGGAGGAGGAGGAGGAUGACGGACAGGCCCAGAAGGCAGCUGAGGCGGAGAAACAGAAAAGAGCCGAGGUGGACAGGAAGAAGGCUGAAGUCAGGAAACGCCUGGAGGAGACGUCCGCUGCCAAGAAGGCCAAGAAAGGUUUCAUGACACCAGAAAGGAAGAAGAAACUCAGGCUACUACUGCGGAAAAAGGCCGCCGAAGAGCUGAAGAAGGAACAGGAAGUUAAGGCCGAGGAGAGAAGGCGAAUAAUUAUUGAACGAUGCGGUCAGCGGAAGAACACAGAUGACGCCAGUGAAGAGGACCUCAUCGCCAUAUGCAAGGAUUACCAUGACCGUGUCUACUUGUGCGAGUCGCAAAAGUGGGACCUGGAGCACGAAGUCCUUCGCCUCGGCGUGGAGAUCAACGAGCUCAACAUCUCCGUCAACGACCUUCGCGGCAAAUUUAUCAAGCCAACCCUGAAGAAGGUGUCGAAAUACGAAAACAAAUUCGCCAAGCUGCAGAAGAAGGCGGCUGAAUUCAAUUUCAGAAACCAGCUGAAACAGGUCAAGAAGAAGGAAUUCACACUCGAGGACGAAGAGAAAGACGCCGGCAAGCCGGACUGGGCCCCGAAACACGACGAGGAGAAGCAGCUGUCGCAUCUAGUCGGAACUCGAAGGAACGAUCCUGUUCUGACCGUAGCAGCUGUCGCAUCUAGUCGGAACUCAAAGGAGCGAUCUUGUUCUGACCGUAGCAGCUGUCGCAUCUAGUCGGAACUCGAAGGAACGAUCUUGUUC